GCUUUGGUUAUCAGCACGGUCUUCCGAUACCCCGCACGACCCCAUACCCCGCCCCGCCCUGGUUGUUCUUGGUUCUUGACCUCUACCAUGCUCGCUUUGAAGGCGGCGUCUUGUAGGCGGCUGCCUGCUGUGCGCGCGUCGCGCCUUACAUCUUUGCGGAUUAGGUGGUACAGUACCCCUGUCGAAGCCGCGCUGCCCAAGAAGAAGAAGGUCUGGGACUCGGCAGAUGAGGCAGUCAAAGAUGUCAAGUCGGGGGACAUGAUCCUGAGUGGAGGGUUCGGUCUGUGCGGUAUUCCAGAAACACUCUUGGCCGCGCUUUCGAGGCGGAAGGAGGUCAAGGACUUGACAGCAGUGUCUAACAAUGCUGGUCUUGGUGAACACGGUUUAGUGAAACUGUUAUCCAGUGGGCAACUGGAUCGGUUAAUCAUAUCAUAUCUUGGAUCUAACAAAGCCAUCGAGGCUGCGUACUUGAAUGGGGAAAUCUCCCUGGAGCUAGUUCCUCAGGGUACUCUGGUAGAGCGGAUGCGUGCGCAUGCCGCUGGUAUCCCUGCUUUCUUCACCCCGACUGGUGCUUCGUCGCCAGUGGAGUAUGGCACUAUCCCCAUCCGGUUCAAGCCCGGUGGAAUGAAGAACGGUGUCCUGAUCACCGGGAACAAGAAAGAAUCAAGGGAGUUUGGUGGUCGCAAAUACGUCAUGGAGCCUGCUAUCGCCGGAGAUGUCGCCUUCGUCCAUGCUUGGAAGGCGGACGAAGUCGGUAACUGUGUCUUCAGAUAUGCGGCCAACAACUAUAAUGCGAUCAUGGCACGGAACGCGAAACUGACCAUUGUUGAGGCUGAGCACAUCGUCCCCGUUGGUUCUCUUUCGCCCAACGCUAUCCACUUACCUGGUAUCUACGUCGACCGGAUUGUCCCUGCCACGGAACCCAAGGAGAUCGAGAUCCUGUCUCUUGCACCGGAUCCCAAUGCACAGACCGAAGACUCCGCAUCGAACGCGGCGAAGGCAGCAAAGGAUUUGCGACACAAGAUUGCCAAGCGUGCUGCUAAGGAAUUGGGUGAUGGCUUCUACGUUAACUUGGGAGUCGGGAUGCCCACGUUGGUCACCGAGCACAUGCCCCCUGGUGUCAACCUCUGGUUGCAGAGUGAGAACGGUAUCCUCGGAAUGGGUCCUUUCCCGACCAAAGACCAGGUUGAUGCCGAUAUCAUUAACGCUGGAAAGGAGACUGUUACCUUGUUACCCGGCGCUUCGGUCUUUGAUUCUGCUGAGUCCUUCGCCAUGAUUCGUGGUGGGCACGUCGACGUCUCCAUCCUUGGUGCUAUGGAAGUCUCCCAAGCUGGUGAUAUUGCCAAUUUCAUGGUCCCUGGGAAGCUUGUCAAGGGUAUCGGUGGUGCUAUGGACCUCGUCUCGAACCCCGACAAGACCAAGGUCAUCGCUGUCCUUCAACACUGCGCCAAAGACGGCACGCCAAAAAUCCGCAAGGAGUGCACAUUACCACUCACUGGCGCUCGGGCAGUCAGCCAGAUCAUCACAGAGAUGGCAGUCUUCAACGUAGACCGGCAGAAGGGCAGCCUUGAGCUGAUCGAGAUUGCUGAGGGCCUGACAUUAGAGGAGGUGAAGGCGAAGACGGAGGCCGAGUUCACAGUCAGGGAGCCCCUAGGCCGGUUCUAAGGAGUUAGCAUCUGCAUGGCGUCGAGCAUCAUUAAUCCUUGUAUUUAUUAGCAUCAUCCACUUCGAUAAUGAAUCGUGUACUUGUUAAAUUCUCGCAAAAGGGUUUGCGCAGCUGCGCAAAGACCGGAAUGAUGACUGCAGUUGAUUUGUCCACCCG